GGCCCUAGGCCACGCCGGGAAGGUCUCUCCCUGCACAAGACUGCUCUGUCUUCUACCGCACUGUCGUGAACGCUAAUACCCGUCUCCUCUGGGCUCCCGGGUUGAGGCAGCCUUGACCUAGGUCGGAGGGGCGGAGGCGGUAAGAGUUCUCGAGUUCCGGGAUUCUCGCGGAAAAACGCGAGUGUGGCGCUUCUCUGACGCACUUCCGGAGCGCGGAGGGGGCGCCGCGGCGGCUGCACGCUUGGAAGAUGGUGGUUACUAGGUCUGCGCGGCCUCAGGCCGGGAUCCAAGCCACGUCAGUUGAAAGCUCCCAGCAGAAGAAUUCUGCCACAAGAAUUCAAGCACAUCCAAAAGGCCGGAAGGAAUCUCCAUCUGAUGACCCAAGUAUUGCUGAAUCACAGACCACUAGGGAACAAAGUCCAGCUCCUAAAACCAGGAAGAGGAGGAGCGGAACUACAGGUUCAUUACCAGGAAUGAACAAACCUUCUACUGAUGGAGAGAUCUCUGAAGCAGAGUCAAACUGUUCUUCUGUGUCUGAGGCCCAGGAUCCCAUUUUAAGAGUAACUAGGAGAAGGCAGAUCUUAGUUGCAGGCACCCCAGUUUCCAGUGUAAGGAAAAAGCUGAAAAUAACUCUAGUAAGUGAGUCUCGUACUGAAGAAGAAGUCUCUGAAGCAGAAUCACAUAUUUCAGGUAUUUCUAGAAUUGUGCAUCCCACAGAAAUAACAAGAACCAGGAGAAGUAAGGCUAAAUCCCGAACCGAUCCAAACCAAGAAUACCAUGUGGAAGCUAAUUCUGAUGCUGAGUCAUCAUGCUCAGACAUUUCUUCAUUUUCUGGAAUUGCAACUAGGAGAACAACAAGGAGUAUGCAAAGGAAAUUACAGGCAAAAACUGAGGAGAAUGGUACUAACAUUGUACCAGGAAAUGAAAAGCAAAUCAUAAAUACACCUGUGAAUUUAGAGGAUUCAGAUACCAGACGAACUUCUUCUCGUUUACUAGCAAGAGUGCUUUCUCAGAUAAAUAAGCCACAUAUCUCUAAUAAUGAAACUUAUGAUGACCCUGAUAAUGACUCCUUCUUUGGAAAUUCAGGAAAAAAACUAAUAGUGCAAAAACACCAAAGUUUUAAUAUAAGAGAGGAAAAACAGGACGUUUCACCUCUCAAAGAAAUAACAAAGAAUUGUAAGAGCUUAGAUGAAGAAGCCAAAGGAAUAACAGAUGUGGGAAAAGAAAUUAAUGAGAAAAAUUCUCAGUUGAAGAGUCUUUCUGAACUUCAGGACACUAGCCUUCAGCAGUUAGUUUCUCAAAGGCAUUCAACCCCCGAAAGUAACAAAACCACCUCAGCAUCCUCAAACGUGAACUCUGAGGCUGUAAUGAAAUCGUUAGCUCAAACAUUUGCAGUUGUGGAAGUGAACAGAUGGAAUGAAGAGAGAAACAGCAGCAUAAAAACAAGUGACUGGCCAGAACUUGGUGAUGGUGGUGAUAGUGAUGAAGAAGAGUGCACAGUUAUAGGUGUUGGCGAAGACAUGAGCAAAGAAAGGGAUGUAGAUUCUGAGUGUGAUACCAAACUGUGUAAACUUGAGCCCAGCACAUCUCAGGAUAAAGAUGAUUCUGUUUUAUUAGUUCUCAGCAGUGAUGAAAGCCAGCAGUCUGAAAACAGUGAGAAUGAAGAGGACACUGUGUGUUUUGUUGAAAAUAGUGGUCAAAAAGAGUCAUUAAAUGGAGACUCAGAAAAUACAUCACGUGACAAUGUGUUGUUUGUAAUUGACACAACUCCUCGAUUGAGUGCUGAUAAAAAUUUUUACUUGGAUGAAGAAGACAAGGCAAGUGAGGUUGCCACUGAGGAAGAAAAGGAGGAGGAAGAAAGUGAAGAAGAACCAUCAGACAGUGACAGAAGUAAAGAUAAUGAGUUUAGUGAUGAAGACAACUUACUAAAUAGCACUAAAUCUAAACUUCUGAAGUUGACUAGCAGCAGCAUAGAUCCUGGUCUGAGUAUUAAGCAGUUGGGUGGUUUGUAUAUUAAUGUCAAUGCAGACAGGCUACAGUUGAACAAGAGAACCCUAACACAGAUCAAGGAGAAAAAGAAAAAUGAGCUUUUGCAGAAAACCGUCAUUACUCCUGAUUUUGAAAAAAACGACUGUGUCCCACCAUAUAGUGAAUCAAAGUAUAAACUUCAGAAAAAACGCAGACAAGAGAGACAAAAAACAGCAGGUGAUGGCUGGUUUGGUAUGAAAGCUCCAGAACUGACAGAUGAACUGAAAAAUGAUCUCAAAGCACUGAAGAUGAGAGCUAGCAUGGACCCAAAAAGGUUUUAUAAGAAAAAUGAUAGAGAUGGCUUCCCCAAGUACUUCCAGAUUGGAACCAUUGUUGACAAUCCAGCUGACUUCUACCAUUCACGAGUUCCCAGGAAACAAAGGAAGAGAACUAUUGUGGAAGAACUGCUGGCCGAUUCUGAGUUCAGAAGAUAUAACCGAAGGAAGUACUCAGAGAUUAUGGCUGAAAAGGCAGCAAACGCAGCAGGAAAGAAGUUUCGAAAGAAGAAGAAGUUUCGCAAUUAAGAUUCACCAAGCAAAUCACAAAAUUUUACAUCUCCCCUUUAUUUAUGACUAAAGAUAUUUUGAAAACUAACACGACCAUCACAUAAAUUAACAUAGCCUGGCCCUAUUUAUAUAUAGGGAUUUCUCUUUGGAAAAAGUUGAUUUUAGAGAGGAUUAAUCACAUGCCCCUUGGGAUAAAAAUAGGGGUGUCUACAAAGGAUCCACUCAUGCUUAGACCCUCUGAGGAGGAAAAAAAGGAAAAUAACCUCAAUCAUUUAACAUUUUUGUAAAGUUUUCAACAUUUGGUUAUUUAAAGAAAAUUUAAAACAUUUAGAAAAUAUAAAGUUUGCUAACAUUCAAAAAUUUUAAAGUAAUAUGAUCAAAGAUACGUGAGCAAUACUGUAAUUAUUAUGUGGAGAUGUGUGUGUAGGGGGGAGAAGGUGCCCUUUUGUCAGUUGCACAUUCAAGUCCAGAAAACUGGUGAAGCUGGGAUACAGAGAUCUUGUUGCCAGUAUAACAGUCACAGUUGAAACCAAAGAAAUGUUAUAAGUGUUUCUGGAGCAUGUGUAUGUUAGUAUAUGACCAAAGAACUAAAUGAAGCUAUAAAAAGGACUUAAAAGAUAGACUACUUGGAAAGUUUGGGUUAAAGGUAGAAGCAGGAGAGCUAUUUUCCUUCUUUAGCAACUGAAACAGGAGGAAAAAUAGAUUUUAUCCAGAUUCAAUGUUGUGUUCCAGUGAAAUAGUAUUAAUAUAAUUUUAAUUUGGCCAGGAGGUAAAGUGGCCCAGCCUAUCUUGUCUCCAGUGGCAGAAAUAUGCAUCCUGGCUAAAGCAACUCACGACACCCAAGGAGUGUUGGUCAUUUCUAUUCAUGCCUCUUGGGUUAUUGCUUCCUUUAUGUCGUUAUUCAUGGGACGUCUAUUUUGUAGCAUACUGCUUUCUUGGGAUUUCAGUAAAUAAGAAAUCUCCUAUUUUGUGUUUACUGCUUGGAAUAAGCAGCCUAGUAAUAAAACUCACAAUGACAUUCAUAGGUGGAGUUAGUGAAACAUCUCUAUCUGCUCUCUUUUAUAGAAAAGCUUUUAUUCCAAGAAUAUUUAAGUUUUGCCUUUUGGGUAAAAUAAGGACCUGCUAUGAGAGAAUUAAAUAUCAAGAAGUAAUUUACCCUUUACACAUUCUUCCAGAAGGAGACAUUGUCAGUAGAACGUUUCUUCAGCUCAUGCUACUAUGCUAUAAGAACAGUCAAAGCUGUCAGUCCUUUUGUAUGGUGUUUCUCGGCACAAUUGAGGACUUACCCAGUUUUUUCUCAGGCUUAAGGUGUGUGUCAACUUUUUAUCUAUUCAUAACUUUCAUGCUGGUUUCUGACUAGUGAAUGCUAGAAUAGGUUGAAUUGAUACUUCAAAACUGCAGUUAUGACAGAUAUUUGGUACAUUAUAGUGCAUUUUACAGGGAAAGCAAGAUUGGAGAACUCUAAUCCUUCCCACACAGAGCAGCAUUAGAGCUCUCUGGAUUGGAAAGCAGUGAUGAGGAAAGAGAACUGAACCUAGGCGCCAAGUUCAGUUCUCACUAACCCACCUUAGAGGUGCUCACAGUAUGUGUUUUGAGGUACAGUUGACUCGAACAACACGGGGGUUAGGGGCGCUGAACCCCAUGCAGCUGAAAGUCGGAAACCUUAAUAGUAGGCCCUCUGUAUCCACAGUUCUGCAUCUGAGAGCCAACUGUUCAACUGCUUGCAGAUCAUGUAGUAUCAGUACUUUAGUGUGGAUUUAUUGAAAAAAAAUCUGUGUAUAAGUGGACCUGCCCAGUUCAAGCCUGUGUUGUUCAAGGGUCAACUGUAUUAUAGUUACAUUUUAACAUGCUCUUUUUUUGUCUCCAUUGAUCCUUUUUUUUAUCUUAUAUGUAUUUUUGUGAGCCACAUAAGUAACUUGGAACAAAGUAGAGAGUUAUCAACAAAUGUAAAAUACCUUAUUCAGUGAAAUAAACUGAAAUGCUUCAGCUAAAAAUCA